AUGGUCAACGCAGUUACACCACCCCUAGCCCAACACUUUGGCUCGCCAUGCGAUACAUCUCAAUACAGUCAACAUCAGCAUGCAGCAGCUGUCCACGGCAUCACCAAUGCAUACGGAUCGAUCCAGCAUACGAUCUUCGUAGCCCCUCUUCCUCCUACCUCUCUCGCUCAACAAAUCCAGGCCAUAUCUCAUCUUUUGAAGAGAGGAACGAACCCAAACAACAUUGUCAAGUACGUUGAACACUUCAACAUCAUGCUGGACUCUGGCAACUUGAACGACCUCGCGAUUAUAGCUGUGCUUCCUGCAGAAGAUCUCGCGAAGAUGGUUGUACACGUCGCUAAUACCCUGGUUUAUUCGACCUCCGAGGCACCCUCGACCUUCGAGCCACUCCCGACCGCCGAGUCAUCCACGACCGUCAAGCCACCCCCAGCUGCCAAACGCGAAUCCAUCGACGAGGGCACGGCCCCGCGCCCACAAGCCUUGAAGCGACCGCGCACUUCACGUAAAGGCAAGGAGCCAGUACAACCAGCCGUUGUCCGAAGAGGCUGCCCGGGCAACAACUGGGGGUGCAAGCCUCAUGAGCAACGCACCAGGAAAUACUGGGACACACGUAUCGGCUUCUUCAAUCACUUCGAUGCUGAACAUCUGGGGGAAUGUCGCGUCGCAGGCAAUCGUUGGCAAUGCCCAGCCUGCGAGCGUCCUUCGUUCGGGGGGGAUGGACAUGAACUCAAGAAACACAUGUGGGACGACCAUUGGGAAUGA